AAGAGAUUUUUGUCCAUAAAAUUAAAGAUGGCAAAUUUUAGAAUUCUUUCACUGGCUUUGUUGAUCUCCACAUUUGCAUUUUAUGCAUCUGUGGUGAAUGGUUUGUUCUCAGACACCAUGUUCAUCUACUGGGGAUAUCAGCAUUCCACAAUGCAAGGCGACGAUCUUCAGCUCGUUCUCGAUCAAACCUCUGGGUCUGGUGUGCAAUCGAAGGGGACAUUUCUGUUUGGGAGCAUUGAAAUGCAAAUCAAGUUUGUGCCAGGAAAUUCUGCUGGAACAGUGACAGCAUACUAUUUAUCUUCUACUGGAGACAAGCAUGACGAGAUUGAUUUCGAGUUCCUGGGGAAUGUAUCAGGCCAGCCUUACAUUAUCCACACAAACAUUUUCACCCAGGGUGUCGGAAACAGGGAGCAACAGUUCUAUCCAUGGUUUGAUCCAUCUGCUGAUUACCAUAACUACACCAUUCACUGGAACCCCAAUGCCGUCGUAUGGUACAUAGAUGGUGUUCCAAUCAGGGUAUUCAGGAACUACCAGAGCCAAGGAAUCCCAUUCCCAAACCAGCAAGGAAUGGGAGUAUAUUCCAGUCUGUGGAAUGCUGAUGAGUGGGCAACCAGAGGAGGGAAGGACAAGAUUGAUUGGAGCAACUCACCAUUCAUUGCCAGUUAUCGCAAUUUCAGCCCAAGAGGGUGUUACUGGAAUGGGCCAGGAAGCAUAUACCAAUGUGGAGUAGCUAAUCCCCAGAAUUGGUGGACUUCUUCUGAGUAUUAUCAGCUUAGCUAUGCCAAGAAAGGGCAGAUGGAUUGGGUGAGGAAUAACUUUAUGAUCUAUGAUUACUGCACAGAUUACAAGAGGUUUAAUGGCACAAUGCCUGUUGAGUGUUUCAUGCCACAGUACUAAUAUAUAUGCAUCCAUCCUGUUUGGUUUUGCUGCUGGGAAUAAUGAGUUCUUGAAUUUUUGUGUUUCUUUUAGUGUGUGGGGGGAUAUGAUGUUGAAGAGAUUGGUUUAAUUUCAUCAUUGUAUUGUUGUGUAUCCAUUCUUUGAAUUUGAUUGAGAGGGAAUAUAAUGAGGUAUCCAUUUCAUGUUAAAGGAUUAAAGAACUGCAUAUUAUACACCAAUGAUUCUAAUA